AUGUCCAUAGCCCGCGAGUUCUCUACCGACCCGGCCUUCCAGAAAUUCGGCGAAUGGAUCAUCGCCAACGGAGGCUUCAUCCAAGAAUCCCUCGUCUUCACCUCACCCGAAUCCAGAGUCGGCAGCCAGAUACUUACAACCGCCGCACUCCCGCCCUCCUCAAAGCUGCUGACAUGCCCGCACACCCUCGCAAUCGACUACCAGAAGGUCAAGGCCCACUACCCACCCGAGUUCAUUGAGGCCGUGUCCCCGCACGCGGCGCUGUGCACAUUCGUGGUCGGCGAGUGGCUCAAGGGCGACGCGAGCUUCUGGGCGCCCUACCUGCGCAUCCUGCCGCGCGAGUUUGACACGCCGCUGUAUUUCGAUGACGAGGACAUGAAGUGGCUGGUGGGGUGCAAUCUGAAUGCGGAGGAGGUCAAGACACGGAAGAAGGUAUGGAUGGAGGAGUGGGAGGCGGCAUCGGAGGCAUUGAGAAGGCAGAGGAGUGUGGGGUCUAGGGGGGCGAGGGAGUAUACUUGGGAGCUGUUUCUUUGGGCGGCUACGGCGUUCUCCUCGAGAUCAUUUCCGGGGAAGUUGCUGAAUUGGACGACGGAGUCUUCAAUGACAGAGAUUGACGAUCCGGAUUGUCUGCCCGCGCUGUUCCCACUCAUUGAUUCUGUGAACCAUCAACCUCUCACAAAGAUUACCUGGGCACCUGGUGAUAAUGCUCUUAAUGUUGUCAGCGGCGACGAGAUUCCCGCUGGUGGAGAGGUGUGCAAUAACUACGGGCCCAAGAGCAACGAAGAACUGUUGAUGGGAUAUGGCUUCACCCUUCCCGGUAAUCCCUUUGAUACCGUCGUCCUCCGCUUCCUCCCCGUCCUCUCGCCCGCCCAAGAAUCGAUCCGUGCGCUCCAGCCCGCCUCCCCAUUCCCAGACGGCAUCCACCACCUCUCCCCACGAAACCCCAACUCGCUCUACCCCGCCUCGCUGAUCAAUCUCUUCCACCUCCUGACCGCCACCCCCGAAGAGCUCCCUCUCCUCGAGGCCAACCCCGCCGCAGAGACAAUCACUCUCCGCAACACCAUCGCGACGCACCGCCAGCUGCUUCUCGCGAUCCGGCGCAAGCUCGACGGCUUCCCCGCGGAAAGCACUCUCCCGCCGUUAUCAAACAGCAGGCGGCGCUCUGCAAAGGUGUACCGCGACACGCAGGUGUCAAUCAUGACUGCGGCGGUCGCAGGGUCUGAGGGCGUGAUCCGCAAUAUUCUAGAGACGAAAAGAGAGGUCGUCGUCACGCUAGAGUCGAUACUCGAGGACCCUGUGUAUUCCGCGGCCGUGGAGCCAUGUUUCGGGAGUGUUUUGCCGCUGGAGCUGCAGAUGGCGGGGCAUGAGGAUCUGGUGUUCACCUUGUACCUCUGCUGGCGCUAUCUUCAGCGCGAUCAGCUGCCCGAGGCUUGGAAAAAGUGGUUUGGGCGCCUUUUGGAGGCUGGGGAAUGCGGGAAUCCUGAGGAUGUCAAGGGCGACGAUGAGGGGGAGGAAGAGCUCGAGGAGGUUGAGGAGCUGUAUAAGGCGUUGUUCCCGGCCGUGGCCGGGGCGGCCCCGGAAGUGUUUGAUGGGGAGGGAUGGACAGAGGGAUUGUUAAGAUGGGGUAUGAGGGCGUUUGGAAGGGAGAGUAUUGGUGUGAGACUUGAAGGCAAAGAGGCCGAAGUUGUUAUUGUCUGCAUCGAAUGA